AUGUCACAGCCUAUCUUUGUCAACGAGGUUUUCUCGUUUGCUUCUCAGAACAUGGACCCGAGAUUUGCAGUCCCAUCCAAUUCUGCAGUCUCUAAGGACAAAUAUCUCUGCGUCCGCGAAGAAAACGGACCAGAAUCUUCUGUCGCCAUCAUUGACCUUCAGCAGGGCAACCAGAUCACAAGACAUAAAAUGUGCGCCGAUGCUGCAGUCAUGCAUCCAUCUCGCAACGUUAUUGCUCUUCGUGGUAACAAUGCUCUCCAAGUUUUCGAUCUCAACACACGCCAACGCCUUAAAUCAUUCACCGUUCCAGAAAACAUGCAAGUUACAUACUGGAAAUUCGUCGACGAUGAUACUCUCAUGUUUGUUGUUGGUAAUGCUGUUUUCCACUGGACAAUGAGCCAGAACAACAACCCAGUUCAGGUAUUCCAGCUUCUCCCACAACUCGCCAACACACAGAUCAUUGGCUACGCUGUUUCCCAGGACAAGCAGUGGUAUUUACUUUCUGGCCUCACACAGGAGAACAACCAGAUUGUCGGCAAGCUCCAGAUUUACUCCAACGAGCACAAGGUCUCCCAAGUUAUCGAUGCCUUCAAUGGUGUUUUCGCUAACAUCGGCAAUCUUCAGCUUCUUGCCUUCGCUUCAAAGGCUGGCAACAUGAAGCUCAACAUCUUCCCACUUGGCAGCUCCCCAGAAGCCCAAUCCUUCGGCAGAAAGUUCCAGGAUCUCCAAGCUCCACCGGAUGCUCAGGACGACUUACCACUCUACGUUCUCUUCUCACAGAAGUACAACUCCAUCUACAUGGUUACACGUGGCGGUCUCCUCUACAUGAUGGAACUCCAAUCCGCAACAGUUUAUCUCUCCGUCAGAAUCGCCAACACACCACAGAUCCUCGCCAACUCCACAACAAACGGUGGAAUCCUCGCUCUCGGCAAGGACGGCCGUCUCGUUUCAAUCGCCAUCAACAAUGAUACAAUUGUCGACUACAUUACACAGCGCGCUGGUGCCCAAGUUGCUGCCAAGGUCGCUGCCAACGCCGGCAUCCACAUGUCGAACGAUUUCAUCACACAGUAG